CUGUUUAUCUGUGGGAAGGAAAGGGAAGAAGAAGAGAGAGAUCAGAACCGAAAGGGAAGGAAAGCUGGUUUUGCUAGAGGAAGAAGAAUGCACGGCAACGGCGUCGUUUUAAGGAAUGCACAAUGCCAGUGUAAUCCAAAAGACUGUGGAGCUUUUGGCAUUUUGAACUUCACAAUAAUGGCGAUUCUCGCAUCCAAAUUCUCAUUUCAUCUUCAAUCGCGCUUAUUCUCUAUCUCUAUUCCCUGGGUAAAGAGAAAUGCACCAGUUCUAUGCUUGAAAAGCCGAGAUCAUUCCACCUUAUCAGUUCCAGUUAGAUACAUUCCCAAAAAAUCUUCAAAACUUAAUGAAUUUAAGGAUUCUGACAAUGGGGUUCUUGAUAAAAGUUUAAAUCAGAAGGCUCCAAAUCGAAACCAAGAUUUGUACAAGCAAGAUUUUUUAUCUAAUGAUGCACAACAAGCAUUUUCAGGGUUGGAAGAAGGAAUUAACAAUGAUGUGGAGGUGAUACAACACAAAUUUAUGGAAGAACCAGAGGAUUCCUCUGAGAAAUUAAUUCAACAUGAAAGGCUUAUCUGUAAAAAGAAUGCACAAUCAGGUAGAACUAUGCUAGAUGCUGAGAAGAUGGCUAUAGAGUUUCUUGCUACAAGGAGCACAUUUAUCUUCAGCUAUUAUCCUUGGGCUCAUUUAGUUUCCUGCAGAGCAUUUACAGCAGUUGAGCUCCGGAAGAAACUACAUGGAAAGAAAUUUCCCCCUGAUAUUGUGGAAGCAGUGAUAAUCGAUUUCCAGGCCAGGGGGCUGAUCAAUGAUAGCCUGUAUGCAGAGACAUUUUCUCGAUCUAGAUGGUCUUCUUCAAGCUGGGGACCCAGGCGGAUAAAGCAAGCAUUGUUCAUGAAGGGAGUGAGUGAAGCAGAUGCAGAAAAGGCAAUAAAACUGGUUUUUGAGGAUGACAGAUCUGGAGGCCAAGAAUUAAAACUCGGCAUGUCGAAGCUUUCUAUGGAACAUCUAUUGGUUCAAGCUUCCAAACAGUGGUUUCGAGGUCAAGAUGUUCCCAGAGAGACCCGUAAAUCAAGAAUCAUUCGGUGGCUUCAGUAUCGCGGUUUCAACUGGGGUGUUAUUAGCUUCAUAUUGAAAAAGUUAGAAUCUCAAUAUUAAUUCUUCUUAGAGCAUAAUAAGGAUCUUGCCUGAUGCGACAGAAGGAAUGGGGGCCAUUUUCUUUUUCAGCUAAUGGUCCAUACUGUCAUUGGAAUUAGACGUUGCUCAAUGUGGAUCAGUUGUUGUCUCCAUUAGCACUGCACUGGUGUGGCCCAAAACUUGCCCACUUCACUCCCUUCACUAUGCUAAAUUUCAUCCUGCGUCAGCGUACCCUAGUGCCAUCUAAUCUAAGCAGCAACGUCCAUCCUAAUGAAGAAACACCUCCAAGACAAAGCAGCAAGUGGUACAACUAUCACCAUUGUUUUUACUGAUUAUGGAAGCAUUCAUGUAUCCAAUUAGUGCAAAUAUUGGCAACAAGAUCUUCCCUGUUAUGUUGGGUGUAAGUGUCAACUACUUGAGAAAUUAAUCAUGCAUCCACACACACUGCAGAUAUUUCGGCUGGAUCCUGCUGCUGCUUUAAUGUGUACAAGUUCUCAGCAUAUACAAGUACUUGAUAGUACCUAAUAACAUCAAAAAUGUAGAAAGAGAAAAUUAAUCCCUGGGGGAUGGCUACAAGGAUUAUCAUCAUCAUUAGCCGCUCUUUUAGGGGAUUAUCAGAUUUGAGCUUAGUUCUCUAUGCCUGACUAUAUAAACUUGAUGUGGGUCUUUUUCUAAUACUACUAUUAUUUUUUUUGCA